UCCUCCUCUGUUUCUUUCUCUCUCUCCAUCUCUGUGUGUUCUCCACUCUCCCAUCUCUUUCCUUCCCCCUCCGCAUCUAGCUUGAAUCUCAAGCAUAUUGCACUCACAAUAAAUCCAGCUUAUGAUUCCCCUCCCUCAGCCUCUCAUGCACAUCAACCUUUUAAGUCCCUCCACAUCCAGGAACACCAGGCGUGGGUUUGGAGGAAUGGGACGGCAUUCUUGCUGUCUCGAGCAGAAGAUAAGGAAAGGCUUGUGGUCUCCUGAAGAAGAUGAAAAGCUCUACAAUCACAUCAUUCGAUAUGGAGUCGGCUGUUGGAGCUCUGUGCCGAAAUUAGCAGGACUGCAACGCUGUGGGAAGAGUUGCAGACUGAGGUGGAUCAAUUACCUGCGGCCGGACCUUAAAAGAGGCAACUUCUCGCAGCAAGAGGAGGAUUUGAUCAUAAGCCUACACGAGAUCAUGGGCAACAGGUGGUCGCAGAUUGCAUCACAAUUGCCUGGAAGAACAGACAAUGAGAUCAAGAACUACUGGAACUCGUGCCUCAAGAAGAAACUCCGACAGAGAGGAAUCGAUCCGAGCACCCACAAGCCUCUGUGCGAGACAGAGACCGAAGCCCAAGAGGCGAGCAGGACACAUCUCGAGCAGUUGCCAUUACAGCCGGUGUUCGACCCAUUCCCACUGAUCGAAACCGAGACAUGUCUGGAUUCAGUGGAGAAUAAUGUGAACAUCUACAACCAAUUCCACCAAUCUUUUGAAUCAUCACUAGCGCAGACUGAGUGCUAUGCCAACUCAGGGCUACGAGAAUACAGCAGUGUGUUGGAUGUUUAUGGAGACAGCUCAAGCAACAGCAGCAACUGGAAUUGCAACACAGGAGCUGAGAUGAAAGAUGUGGUGGGAGAUGAGGCCUUGAAUUGGGUAGCUCAGAGUGAGGGGGAAGCACCACCUCAUGUGCACAUGAAUGGAGGGGAGGCCCAUGAACACAAGUUUAGUCCUUGGCAAGAGAAAACAAAUGCAGAGAGCUCAGAAGAUUACAGUACCUAUUCCAUGAGGUUUCUGUCUUGUGAUGUAGCAGAGACCUGCUUUGAUAUCCAUCGAGGAGCAUUGGCAAGUGAAUUUAAUGUGGAUUUCUUCUAGAGUUUCUUCAAAUGAAUGUUGUAUUCUUCUUCUGGUCUGCUUCUAAUCACAAUUUUUC